AUGUCGACCAUGAAGCUUAAUUGUUCCUGCAUAACCAGAACUGGAACGCAGAACAAAAUCGCCAAUAUCGGUCGGUUAUCCAGAAAACCGGCUUCUCUCGGUUCAAUAAAGAAUAUCUCAAAAUCAUUUGGUUUUAAAGCUUCCUCCUCGUUCAAGGUGUCUGCAAUGACAACAUACAAGGUGAAGCUAAUUGGACCGGAUGGAACAGAGAAUGAAUUUGAAGCUCCUGAUGACGCUUACAUCCUCGACUCAGCUGAGAGUGCAGGAGUAGAGUUACCCUUCUCAUGCAGGGCUGGAACGUGCUCUACCUGUGCCGGCCAGAUGACAUCAGGUUCAGUAGACCAAUCUGAUGGAUCCUUCCUAGACGAUACCCAGAUGGAAAAAGGGUAUGUUCUUACAUGUAUCUCUUAUCCAAAAUCAGAUUGCGUUAUUCACACUCACAAGGAAUCUGAGCUCCAUUAA